AUGGCGGAGUUCAGUGUUCGGUGGGCUCCUCGGAAAGGAGUGGUGCUGGCAGGCGCGGAGGUUACUUUAUACGAUUUUCUGGGUGUGUUACUAGACAUCCAGCAGCACUUUGGAGUCAAAGACAGUGGGGCUGGCUUGUUACAAACAGUUUUCAUCUGCAGUUUCAUGGUUGCAGCCCCGAUCUUUGGCUACCUUGGGGACCGUUUCAACAGAAAGAUCAUUCUCAGCUGUGGCAUCUUCUUCUGGUCAGCUGUCACUUUUUCAAGCUCCUUCAUCACUGAACAGUAUUUCUGGCUUCUUGUGCUGUCCCGAGGCUUGGUCGGCAUUGGUGAAGCAAGUUACUCCACUAUUGCACCCACCAUCAUAGGAGACCUGUUCACCAAGAACACACGGACCCUUAUGCUGUCUGUUUUCUACUUUGCAAUUCCUCUUGGCAGUGGCUUGGGAUACAUCACUGGGUCAAGCGUGAAGCAGGUUGCUGGCGACUGGCACUGGGCAUUGCGGGUAUCUCCGCUCCUGGGAAUGAUAACAGGAACACUCAUCUUGAUAUUUGUACCUGCUGCUAAAAGAGGAAAUGUUGAACAACUUGGAGGACAGCUGAAGGCUCGGACCUCGUGGCUGAGAGACAUGAAAGCUCUGAUUAGAAACCGCAGCUAUGUGUUCUCCUCAUUGGCCACCUCAGCUGUGUCCUUUGCCACAGGGGCACUUGGCAUGUGGAUCCCUCUUUACCUUCACAGAGCACAGGUGGUGCAGAAGACAGCAGAGACCUGCAGCUCACAGGCCUGUGGCACCAAAGAUAGCUUGAUCUUCGGCGCAAUCACAUGCUUCACUGGGUUCCUGGGUGUAAUCACAGGGGCAGGGGCAACCAAAUGGUGCCGGUUAAAAACCCAGCGAGCUGAUCCUCUUGUCUGUGCUGUUGGCAUGCUAGGAUCAGCCAUCUUCAUCUGUCUGAUCUUCGUGGCUGCCAAGAGCAGCAUUGUGGGAGCCUAUAUUUGCAUUUUUAUCGGAGAAACUCUUCUGUUUUCAAACUGGGCUAUCACAGCAGACAUACUAAUGUAUGUGGUCAUUCCAACACGCCGUGCAACCGCAGUGGCCUUGCAGAGUUUCACUUCACACCUCCUGGGAGAUGCUGGCAGUCCUUAUCUGAUUGGAUUUAUCUCAGACCUGAUCCGACAAAGCACAAAGGAGUCCCCAGUCUGGGAGUUCCUCAGCUUGGGGUACGCACUCAUGCUCUGCCCAUUUGUCGUUGUCCUGGGAGGGAUGUUUUUCCUGGCCACAGCCCUCUUCUUCCUAAGUGACCGAGCCAAAGCUGAACAACAUAAAGAAACCGAUUCGGACCACCUCACGGUUGGCAACUACAGUAAUUCAGAAGACGCUUCCACAUGA